AUGACGAAAAGACAUGCGACUAUAAAAGAGUUGGCCGUUAUCUCCCGGGGCAUUCUGCGCGCCAUGUGGCGUCUCCUGUCCACCGUGCUGCUGACGGCCGCCGUCGGAGCCGUCGAUCACGAUCCCGAAAUGCACGAAACUACGGUAGGCCCUGUUGCUUGGAAUACCGCUUGUGGAUGCUCAUUUCUUGGAAAAAAGAGCUCAAACGGUUAAUCUGAAGUUGAAGCUUCGAAAAAAUGACAUUUUAGCUUAGAGAAUUCCGAGAAUAAAAAACGUCCUUUUUCCGAUUUUUUCUUAAAAAUUCGCUGCAAGACCUUGUAUGUACAGGGAAACAUCUGAGAUUAUUAAAAAUGCACGAUUUCUUACUUCAAAAGGAAGAAUUCGUUUGAGAAUGCUAUGGGUAAAUGUACAAUUUCUCACCUUUAUAAAAAAAAAAAGGCGUUACCUCAUGAAUUCUUUCCGGGGAAUUCAAGAAGUUCUUUUUGCAGCCUCAAAUAAUCAUGCGCUGGGGCUAUCCAGCCAUGAUUUAUGACGUAACCACAGAAGACGGCUAUAUCCUUGAGCUUCACCGGAUUCCCUACGGCAAAAGUGAGACUUUUCAAAGAAUUGCCUCUCUCAAGAAUGGUCUUGAAGCGAACGUAACGUGGCCGAACGGGAAGAAACCGGUGAUUUUCAUGCAGCACGGUUUGGAGUGCAGCAGCAGCAACUGGAUCGUCAACCUGCCCAAUGAGAGCGCAGGUGUGUGCUUGAUGACAAUAAUCAGGAGAAAAUACAGCAGAUCUUACUUUCAUCUGAAUUAGAUAUAAAAAAAUAGUUAUUUAAUCCGAAAUUUCACAGGAUUCCUGUUUGCUGACGCCGGGUUCGACGUUUGGUUGGGCAACAUGCGCGGAAACACCUACAGUAUGAAACACAAGAACUUGAAGCCUUCACACUCGGAUUUCUGGAAAUGGACGUGAGUCUGUUGGGUUAUUUCGCGAAUCGAGAAGCUUAGUAUUUUUACAAACAGAGUAAAAAUCAGAAUGAUAAACUCGGAAAGCAUUUCAAAAAGGGGACUUCUCUUUUUUCCAUUUAGCUUUUCUCACAGAGAAGGUAGUAUUUUCAGAUGGGACGAGAUGGCCAAGUACGACUUGGAGGCGAUGAUCGACAAAGUGCUCCAGGAGACAGGAAACGACCAUCUCUACUACAUGGGCCACUCUCAAGGCACCCUCACCAUGUUCAGCCGUCUUUCUAACGACUCCGACGGGAGCUUCUCGAAAAAGGUUGGCGCCGUUAUCUUUUCCCUGGGUUACGGUAGUGACGCUUUACUCAGUCUCCUAUUUCAAGAUUUGAAACGCAAAUCUGGUCGUAAAAAUUUGGUUUUAUCAUCUUAGUUCUAAGAAGUUCUUCAUGGGUACGGUCUUACGGUUAUUCAAACACUUUUGCUGAUGACGUUUCGAUACAUCUGCAGUUACCCUCAAGUGUGGAAUAUAUUCACGUAGAGUUUCUAAAUGAUGAAAAAAAAACCUCUGAAUUUUUAAACUUACUCACAAACCGUGAAGGUCCGAUGAACCAACUGCUGAUUCAAAAAAAAAAAAAUUAUUUUCCCCUUUUUAAGUUUCCAGAAAUUUGAAAUUCGGAAUAAAUAGGUGUUUAUCAAAUUAUUGAGAAUAAAACUGUAUCAAGUUUAAUACAACAUAAAAAGAGCAAAGCUCUUAAUAACCUUUAUUCUAAUAUAUUUUUCGAAGUUUUGAAUUCUCAUGUCAAGCCAUCCAUUUUAUUAACUCGUAAAGUAAUACGCAAAUGUUACAGUUCUCAGAAAAAAAAAGAAAACCAGCACGAAACACGUGGCCAACAGGUUGUUGAUAAGGAAAGAAGGUGAUAAAACUUUGUUGACUACUGAUAAAAGCUGUCAGAGUGUAUUCUAGCCGUUCUCUGGCAGCUCUUCUCCGAAAGAAAAAGAAAAUUCGCGAUUAUGAAAAAAAAAAAAGCCAUUUUAGUAUAUUUCAUGACGAUAUCACAGAAAUUCAACAGAUGGCAAAAAAUAUUUGUAAAUAAUUUUAUUUGUCACAUCGAAGCUUGAAGUUUUUGUUCCAGAUCCGUAAGUUCUUCGCUUUGGCGCCAGUGGGACAAGUCAAAAACAUCAAAGGAAUGCUCAAGUUCAUGGCCGACUACUUCAGUCCCGAAUUCGACGUUUGUGCCGUGCCAGGACUCAUUAUACAAGAAGUUUCUUUCAGGGCUGGUUCGAUAUUUUUGGACCAGGCGAAUUCCUGCCCAACAACUGGCUGAUGCAACUCGUUUCGCAGGCGAUUUGCGCAGGUCUCCCUGUGGAGAAGGACCUUUGCGACAACGUUCUGUUCCUCAUCGCCGGCCCAGAGAGCAACCAGCUCAACAAGGUCAGCACCAAAGCCAUUCCAUUCAACGCAUAGCGCCUUGAAGAAUAAAAUCAAAAGGUUUUAGACACGGGUGCCGAUCUACACUUCUCACACUCCCGCGGGAACAUCCUCAAUGAAUGUCGUUCAUUGGCUCCAGGUUAUUCCAAGUGCCAAAUGAUUGAAAAACUUUUUCCGCAGAUGGUCCGUAAGGGCGGUGUUCCUAUGUACGACUGGGGAACGAAAGAAAACAAGAAGAAGUACGGCCAAGCCAAUCCGCCGAGCUACGACUUCACCACCGUCCAGAAUCCCAUCUAUCUCUAUUGGGGAGAUGAGGACUGGCUGGCCGAUCCUACCGACAUUCAGAAUUAUCUUUUCACUCAUCUCAAUCCGUCUACAAUUGUGGUAGGACAACCGUCAAGAAUACUCUUUCCUCAUUAUUUUUUUUUUCCAGCAAAACAACAAGUUAACGGACUACAAUCAUUUGGAUUUCAUUUGGGGACUACGAGCGCCAAACGAUAUUUACCAUCCCAUAAUCAAAAUCGUACAAGACGACAUCAAUCAAAAUUCCUAA